UGCUAACUAGUCUUGCGUCAGGAUCGAGCCUUCGCAAAUCCCUCUCAUGGUUGUACACGUCUGCUGGCCAUCUUUCACUCAUGCAGUGUCCAGUAUCGGCUUGAGACAUGCAGGACAGGUAUAGCGAGAUAGGCUUCGUCCAGCAAAUACUCGGUUUGAAUCUAGUGCCGAGAAAAAAUGCCACACUCCACGGCAAUGACACGUCUCUCAGCGACUUCUCAGAGAUGUGGUAUGGAGUGUUUCUGUGGGCAGCGGUCUCCUCUCUGGUGUUCCACCUGCCUGCGGCUCUGCUCGCCCUCGCCACGCUGCGCCAGCACAAGAUGGCCCGGUUUAUGCCCAUUGCCAUCCUCCUCAUGGGCAUCGUGGGACCAGUUUGUGGGGGAGUCCUCACCAGUGCAGCCAUAGCGGGUGUGUACAAGGCCGCCGGAAAGAAGAUGAUCUCUUUGGAGGCUCUUGUUUUUGGUGUCGGACAGUCGUUCUGCGUCCUCCUUAUCUCCUUCCUCAGGGUACUUGCUACCCUUUAGCAGUGCUGUGACCCACCCGGCUGACCCUCGCACUGCCUGCCUGACACCAGUCGCACCUUCUAGAGAUGGGACCUGAGCUCACGGUACAACACUAGAUUCUUGGCAAAUCCUGUGCCAUGUGUAAACCAGUCAGGCCCGGGACAUGAUGUCAUUUCCUACUGAUGGACCAGGACCGGAGCAAAUUUUGUUCAGCUGUCAAAGAAUGAGUAGUGUGUAAAGUGGUGGUGUGUGUUACAGAGCACUAAGCCUUCUAGGACAGCACAAUGCUGCAUUCACAUCACACACUAUACCCAGUGUAAGCUGUUUAUUUAAAAGUACCACUGACUAAAACCCACCAAUCAGUAGAAAAUAAUAAUAAUAACUUAUAAAUAAUUAUUGUUCUUGUAUGAUGUGAAGGCAGCAGGAUGCUGUUCUCCCCUGUUGCCCCGGCAGGGUUACAGGUUAGCAGCAGGAUGACACUAACCUUUCUCAGGGUGUGUGUCUGUCGGUGUGUGUCUGUCGGUGUGUGUGUGUCUGUGUGUGCGUGUCUGUGUGUGUGUGUGUGUGUGUGACUGCAGAGAGACAGACAGGCUGAUGCACUGUUGAGACAGGGACAUGAUGGUUAUAUGCAAGAUUCUGGCUUUUUCCCUCGAGGCCUUAAUUUCUAUUUUCUAACUUCCAAAGUGGUGUUUAUCUUCAGGGCUGUCUUUCUUUAACACUCUGUCUCUUGCUGCUCCUUUCGUUCUUCCUCUUAUUUGUUUGUUCCAGUUAAUUCAAGUCUGACUGCCUGUGUGUUAUUAAUUCCAAAUGAGUUAGAAGCACCAACAACAUGUUCCCCUCUAGCUUUCUCAGCUCAUUUAUUUUUUUAAGUAUACGAGUGAGGAGGGUUUUAAAGAUAAAUGAUAUAGUCCUGAUCACAGCUAGAGAAUGUCUCCACAGUGUCUAUGUUUGAACACGGGGCACCAGGAUGGUCAGAUUACUAAGCAAACCCAAAAAUGAGAAGAGCUUUGGAUCUUUUCUCUUCUCUCUUUGGAUGGUAAGUUGUUUUCCAGGUGUUUUAUUGUGUGACAGUGAACUGAUUUGUAUAUAUUUUAAAUUAUUUUCAGGUCUUUGUAGCUUUCCAAUCUUUUUGACCAAAUAUACAUUGCUGUUUUAUUUUCUGCACUAAAUGUGUGUACAACGUUUCAACAGAAGUGUGCUCCCCUGUAGUUUUUAUGUCAAAUUCCCAGUCUUUAAUGACUGCUUUUAGUUGCUUUUGGUAGCUGACAGGUGCUUUUAAAUUGGUAUGUGCAGUUUGCAUAUACUGUCAUAGGUAAACUCUACAUGUAAUACUUUUAUUUAUAAAAAAAAAAAGAUGGAGCUUGCAAUUGACGCUGUUGGCCGUUUCUGUAUUAGCAACUUCUUAGUAAUGAUUUAAAACUAGCUGCUGACGUCACUACCAGAAUUGUAUUUAUUGUUGGCCAGCUGUGACAGGAGACGCCUCAUAAUGAUGAGUUUUGAUUUGAUUCUAAGCUGCAUCUGUCAACAUUGUACUGAGUCAUUUCCACAAACAUGAAGAGAUUAUUUUGGCAUCAGCCACAUGUUUUGGUUCCAUUUAAUUCAGAGAAAAUGUCUCUUAACUCUAAGGGUCCCAGGGCAACACAGCUGUGGGCUCCUCAGUUAGUCUUAUAUUAAUAUCCCCACUGUCACCAUAAUAUCAAGUGAAAUAUUAAAAGUCGACACAGGGUUCCUCUACAAGAAAUAAUUAGGUUAAAUGUACCCUUCUUAAAUCCCGCCCCUUUUUGCUCUGUGCUCCAAAAACAGUUGAGCAAGCCUCAGUCAGAACCUCAAUCAACUUUCUACUUUCCUGUACUUAGAUAUGCUAUGUGCUAGGCUAAUCUAUGUUGAAAAGACAACCUCAUCUUGAAGAAAAAGUUAAAAGUACAGGAAAGGAGAAAGUUGCUUGUUCAACUCUUACUAGUGCACACAGCAAAAAGGGGCGGGGCUUAGGAAGGGUCUGGUUCAAUUCUGGAGCCAAUUUAAAGACCAUACCGUUUGAGUUGAGAUUGUGUAUUAAUCUUGCAUAUUAUCAAAUCAGUACGCAAAUAGUCAGAUAAGCAAACCGGAAUUGCCACUCAGUGAACCUGGUGCUUCUGAGGGUCUGGGGCCCCCGGGGCAGCUGCCAGCCUCGCCCAGUUAAGAAUCUACUACUACUACUUUACUAUAAAUCUCUUUUCUGCAGGAUCCAAAACUUUUCUACCUUCGAGAUUUAUUUUAAUUCUGGUGCAGAUUGUUUUGCACAUGACAUUCCAAUUGGAAAUAUUGUUUUCCUGCUUACGCCAUAAUGAUCCCACCCUGUAAUAGUGCUCAGACCCCUCUACUCCCCCCUACCCCACCGCAGCUACACUGAAUGCACUGAAACAGAAGCUAUAUCUCUCAGUGCAACCAUUUUUAUUUGAACUGUAGUCAGAUACACAGCACACACAGACUUUAAAGGAGGAUUUGGAGCCCUUAAACCCAUGCAGUAGUAACGACAGAGCAAACAGCUGAUUUUCUUAUAAUCCCCUCAAAGAAUUUCUUUAACCCCUAAACCAAAGAUGGCUUGAAUUCUUCAUGUUCCCCCUGUACUUCACUAGCUACAUUUCAGCUGUUAUAUCUGAAAUAAUAUUCUCUAAAGUGCAUGUAAGUAUGCAACGAAUAAAACCGAAGCUAGAUUAUAGAAUUUGUGGGUUUAAAUUAGUUCCUGGAAUGAAAGUCUAUAAUUCCAGGAAAGGCCACGAUCAGAAGAUAAUGAGUUCACUUUGACAAUAUGCUGAGCACUUAGGACAAGACUACACAAAUUCAUCACCCAUGGGACCAACAAUGGGGACAGGAAAUAUUUCUGGACAUAGACCAACAGCAGAGGGUGUCUUUAAUGGGUCUGAAGCUCAGUGAGAUUGUCUGCUGCACCGAAUCACUAACUUCAACUAAUUUGAGUUUAAUUUUCCUGUCAACUGUGAAAAGCUCAGCGUAUGGCAUCGCACUGUACAUUUGAGGGGAGAUGAAUGAAAGUGUACAUUUUUGUUCCUACAAAGAGUCAGUGAUGCAGCAAAAAUCAAAGCAGCUCAUUUAAAAGUCUGGCUGAUGCAGAACAAAUGAGCCUUGUUUGUAAUGAAGUCAUGUCCACCCCUUGGCCUUGCUUUUAUGCUGUACAUUUUGGAGAAUGUUUAUUUUUUUAUGGUUGUGAAAUGUAGCUCUUUGAGCGUGUGUGUGCUCUCUGGUUCUGUUACAGCAGCAACAUAUCAGGGGUUAAAACCUUGACAUUGAUUACUCAAGUCUUGUUGUUUUCCUCAGCUCCUCCUCAACAUUUUUAAUAUGUCCUAUUUGAAACUAAUUGUGCUAAUUGACCCUUCCUAAGUCCCACCCCUUUUUGGAAUCUUGGUCAACUUCCUCCUUCACGGUACUGAGAUGUGCUAGGCUAGCCUUUGUUGAAAAGACAACCACAAUUUGAAGGUGGUUCAAAACUAAUCGCAAGACAUAUAUAUAGUCACAUCUUAAGUUAGCUAAUGUUAGCAGCUGAGGAAAUGAUUGACAGAUCGAUUGAUAAUGAAAAUAAUUGUGAGUUGUAGCACUAUUCUCAUCUGACCCUGGUUAAGACAGUAAAUGGGUAUUGCCCAUGUUGUAGUCUUUGUUGUAUUGAGAGGAAAAGCUCAGAGGUAAACAAAUGCAGGACUGUCUCAGGACAAAGCUGAACUAAUGUUAAAAUCCAUGUAUCCGUGUUCUUGGAGCCAAACUCUAAAAGAAGAUUAAGAAACACUAAUGAAAAGAGCUGCACAGAGCUCCCUUCUUAGUUGGUACAUGUAUCAGGCCUACUUCCACUGGGAGAGGAAAAUAGUUAAGUCAAUCUUAUGGGCUACCAAGUCACAAUCUCGAUUUACUAAAACAGAAUUGUGAGAUCUGCCAUUUCUGUCACACUGCACUUAGCUGCUAGUUUAUUAGCUAGCUAGCUAGCUAAAACUAAUACCGUACCAUAAUCCCACAGUCCUGCAAUAAAUAACCCCCUCACAAAGGUUAUAAUCUUCACUUUUUGCUUGAUUUUAGAAUUAUUUUGCUGCUGUUAAACUGUAUUUCAUUAUAGUGCAAGGUAUUUAUAAUAUUUAUAAAGGGACCUCAUGAAGGUAGGAUUUAUUUGCAUGACUUCAGCUAGGUGUGCCUACUAAAAAAUCUCCAAAUUUAGACAAUCCUAAUAUUAAAUAAAGUCUCAUAUCUGGUAUUCUAAUUUUGACUUUCUAUGUCAUAAUUUGGAUUCAUCAUGAAAAUGUUAAUUUUUUUGUCUUUCCUGACAUUUUUACAUUUCAGUUUUAUUUUUCUGGCAUAAAUGCGCUUCAGUACAAGCCAGCUGUCCAGUACAAGCCGUUUUGAAAAGAUGGAAUUGGAAAUGGAUGUAUUAAUGUUCUCUCUGACUGAAGAAGCUCCAGAACGUAAAUGUGGAGGUGAUGUGAGUGUCUGCUGUAACAGGACCAUUUCUUUCCACAUGGUUGGGUCCACAUUCCUGGGCUGCUUUUGUUCCAUUUUUACCUGAUUGAAAAACGUUUUCAAAGUUGAUUUUAUUAGAGUAAAUGAAGUGCCAAUGGUUGAUAUUUUCAUGGAAUAAAAAUGUUUCAACUAUAA